AGGGACAGGGAGUGGGUUCCCCUUUCCAGACCCUGACCGGGGACUUGUGCCACUCCUCAGGGUUAUAUAUGGAACCUCUCGGGCAGGGACAGGGAGUGGGUUCCCCUUUCCAGACCCUGCCCGGGGACGUGCCACUCCUCAGGGUUAUAUAUGGAACCUCACGGACAGGGACAGGGAGUGGGUUCCCCUUUCCAGACCCUGCCCGGGGUCUUGUGGCACUCCUCAGGGUUAUAUAUGGAAACUCUCGGGCAGGGACAGGGAGUGGGUUCCCCUUUCCAGACCGUGCCCUUGAACUCGCCCCACUAGGGUCAGGAACAACAAAGGGUGCUCCCACAACAAAUCAUCGCACUGGGUCUGUCUCAAAAUGAGUGAAAUAAGAGGUGGUUUGACUGAGACAGAUCACAUUCCUGUCACAGAAUUAGUGAAAUACAAUCUCACAGGAUAUUUACAGCGGAAGGGCUGGGAUGAUGUUUCCCAUAAGGUGUGGAAACAACGCUCACAGACUCAAAAUCCGAGGACAACUCAGCAGGACUGAGAUGAGGAGAAAUUUCCUCACCCAGAGUGCAGUGAAUCAUUGCAAUUAUCUCCACAAGGUUUCUAAAUUGAAUAGACAUAUCCAGGGGCUCAGCGGUGAUGGAAAGUUGUAGGAAAGUGGUGCUGAGGUCAAAAGUCAAGCAUGUUCUGAAGGGCAGAAGAGGAGCAAGGGGCCGAAUGGCCACACCUUCUCUAUUUCUUAUUUUCUGAAACACGAGUUUACCUUUGCGCCUCACUGUUUCUUGCCCAGUCAGAUUGAACAGGGAGCGCUGAGAGCAGCGGACAGCUAUCGGCAGCCGCUGCGGUUAUUUCAUGUUCUCAUUAUUUAUUUGCAUUGGAGAAUUUUGCUGUCUUCUGCACUCUGGCUGAUGUUUCAGUGAUCCAGAUAUAGUUACCAUUCUGUAGCUUUGCUCUGGAUGUUUGUAGGAGUUGUAUGUGGCGACUUACAUGUACUCUGACAAUAAAAUUUACUUUGAACUUUGAGCCUCGGGGAACUUGCUUUGUUUCUGAGAUCAAACCUUGACUGACUGCUCCAGAUCCCAGUAGCAGCCCGUCCUCAGACACACUCACCGCCAAUCAGAGAACACCACUGGGAGACCCUUGCCUCCAUUGGCUGAGGAGUGUCUGUGGGCGGGACUCUGGGCGGACCGAAGUUUGGAAUCGGGAACGAGUGGACCCGGUGAGAGACCCGAGAUUGGGAGCAGCUCCCCGGGUAAAGGCUGCAUCAGCGGCCGGAGUUUUGAACCCUUCCGAUCGCGGAUGUGAAGAUUCGGGCGGAGAUUCCGUGAGAUGUUUCAGCCACACAGGGGGUGCCCGGUCUUUCCCCGCCGUGGAUCGGGGCCUGUUGUCCGGAGUUUCCUCCCGGUCCUGUCUCCUGCUGCUGGGAUCCGGGAGCUGGCCCACAACGUCUGCCGAUGGAACUCCGGUGCUGUGAGCGCUCCCCUGUGUUAAAGGACAGGCUGAAGGCCCAGGGAGAACCAGGCGCAAAGAACGUAUGGACCGAGCAUUUGUCUGAAAGUUAAAUGUUUAAACAUCAUGAAAACAGCACGGCAUCAACAAAACACCAGCUGUGCAGCAGCAAAGGCUGGCUGUGUGGGAACAUUUCAGUUACUGCGCAGCUCGGAAUAAUAUGGGACAGAGAAUAAUACUAAUGGAAGGAAUCAGCCUGAGCUAAGUCACAGAUUGAAAUUCCCAUUCUCACACAGGCAGGAAAUCUGUUGGGGAAUUACAUGGACAGACCAGUUGCCGGCAUCAUGAGCAGUUGGAAGGAGAGUUUUUCCCCCAACUUGGGUUGAUCCUCGCUGUAACAGUGUGAUGUCAGAGUUCAGAAAGGAGAUUAAAAUUAUUUCAUAAUAUAUCGGCUGUGAAAAUUAAUCAGAUACAGGAGCAGAAUGAGGUCGUUUCGCCCAUCGAGUCUGCUCCACCAUUUCAUUACAGCUGAUCCAUUUCCAACUCAGCUGCACUCUCCUGCCUUCUCCCCAUAUCCCUUCCUGCCCUAACUAAUCAAGAAUCCAUCACCCUCUUCCCAAAAAUAGACCCAAUUACUUGGACUCCAGAGCAACUCAUAGCAGCAAAUCCCACAGAGUCACCACGCUCCGGUUAAAGAAAUUCCUCCUCAUCUCCUUUCUGAAAGAACAAAGCUCGAUUUUGAUGCUGCGUCCUCUGGUUUUCGACUCUCCCACUCUUGUCAACAUACUCUCCACAUCCACUCUAUCGAGACUUUUCAAUGUUCAAUAGAUUUCAAUGAGGGCCCCUUCAUUAUUCUGAACUCCAGUGAGUAGAGGCCCCGAGCCAUCAAAUGUUCUUCAUCAGACAAACCUUAUAAAUCCUGAAAUAUUUUUGUAAAUUUCCUUUGAACGCUCUGCAAUGUAAGUACAUCUGUUCUACUUAAGGGGCCUGAAUCUGCUCUCAACAGUCCAAGUGAGGCCACACUUUAUAAAUACUCAACAAUACAUCCUUGCUUUUAUAUUCUCCUACUCUUCAACAUUAUUUCCUCUCUAUUGAGAAAACAGUCUGCACUCUCAUUGCCUCUAACAAAGUGGAUGACCAUACACUUCUCUGAAUGAUGACUUUCAUUCAUUGAUGUCUUUUGUCAAUCUUUUUUACAGGUUAGAAAUGACAAAAAUUGUGUACGGGAAUUUUAAACAGAACAACAUGUCAGUUUGCUGUCUCUGCCCAGAUAUUUAAGGAGUUACUAGAUAUUUAACAAUGUACCACUGUUGAUCCUUGGAGAUGAAGAAUUUUGUCAUCACAGCUGGAAAAGUGCUUUGUGUCUGAAAUGAAGUUUUCUGUUGUAACUCACUGAAAUCCACUGGAACCGGGGAGCUGAGAACACACCAGCAUUUGUUCACUGGAGAUCAGUUCUUCAACUACAUUGAUUGUGCAAGGGGUUUACUACAUCUGAUAUUUGAUUUAUGAAUUGACAAAGAACUGUGGGAAGGGAUUCACUCUUCACUCACUCAUCUCACCUGCAUGCACAACAGCGAGUUCACACUGAUAAGAUGUCGUUCACCUGCGCUGAUUGUGGGAAGGGAUUCCCUCGGUCAUCCAGCCUACUGACACACCAGCGAGUUCACACUGGUGAGAAGCCGUUCACCUGCUCAGACUGUGGGAAGGGAUUCACUCAGUCAUCGCAACUGCGGAGACACCAGUCACUUCACACUGGGGAGAAGCCAUUCGCCUGCUCAGACUGUGGGAAGGGAUUCACUUGGUCAUCUGAACUGAAGAUACAUCAGCGAACUCACACUGGGGAGAGGCCAUUCACCUGUUCAGACUGUGGGAAAGGGUUUAUUCGGUCAUCUCAACUGAAGGUACAUCAGCGAGUUCACACUGGGGAGAGGCCGUUCACCUGCUCAGUCUGUGGGAAAGGAUUCACUCAGUCUUCUGUACUGAAGGUGCAUCAGAGAAUUCACACUGGGGAGAGGCCGUUCACCUGCUCAGACUGUGGGAAGAAAUUCACUGACUCAUCCAGGCUACAGGCCCACCAGCGAGUUCAUACUGGAGAGAGGCCGUUCACCUGUUCAGACUGUGGGAAGGCAUUUACUCGGUCAUCUCAAGUGAUGGUACAUCAGCGGAUUCACACUGGGGAGAGGCAAUUUUCCUGCUCUGAAUGUGGGAAGAGAUUUAUUCAUUUAUCUGACCUGCAGGUGCACCAGCGAGUCCACACUGGAGAGAGGCCGUUCACCUGCUCAGACUGUGGGAAGGCAUUUACUCGGUCAGUUGAACUGAAGUCACAUCAGCGAAUUCACACUGGGGAGAGGCUGUUCAUCUGCUCAGACUGUGGGAAAGGGUUUAUUCGGUCAUAUCAACUGAAGGUGCAUCAACGAGUUCACACUGGGGAAACUGUUUAAACAGGCGACAGGCUACAGGCUGGAUAUUUCACCAUCACAGUUGCUGAAUCAAGUUCAAAAGUGACUGUUGGUGCCGAACUCGGCAAUUACUGCUGCUGUUUAUCAAACCCAGUUCUGCACUCUGUUCACUGGGCGUGGGAGGUAAUUCUCGGCUAAUGUUCCCGUUUAAUGGGACUGGAGUUUAAUGGUUUGGAUCUGUGACGCAGAAAUCAGUUCUAAUUUAAAUCCUGUCCACACCUACAGAAUCUCUUUUCUCUCCCCAGAAUAUCAUCUCUUAUAACUGCCUCAAGGCCAAAAUGUACACUUCCCUAUUAAGCUUCAGAGCGGACAGUGCUGCCGGCCUUUCUGUUGCUUCCAUGCCCCAAUGGAUCAACUCCCCACCCACUCAGCAGUAUUCAACAAGGUGUUGUGCUGAGGAGAAUGCCCACAGGACAGCCCUGCACUGUCUUCCUAAUGACCCUUCCCUCUGCUGGUGGUCACGCUUCUCCUGUCCGAAGCUUGUUUUCUGGGUGUGGCCACCUCUUCAGAUGUUUCAUUGAUAGUAUCUUCAGGCUCCCGAAUGAUCCUGAGUACAUCCAACUCCCUGAACCAGUCAGUCCGGCGCUGUGAUUGGGUGCACUUCCUGUAAAUAGUCAUCGGAAAACUGUCAGAUGUCCAGAGUUCCCACAUCUGACUGGAGGAGCAUCCCAUCCUGACUGCUCUGCACCUAAAUACACCACUGCCUGAAUGAAUUAACAUAUGCAAGAAAACAUCGAACGUGAAUGGGUCAAUGACAGUGGAAGUAGAGUGUUCAACUGUCUGUGUUUAUGCCAUGAGGUCGAAGGAAUAGAGGCUGCCAUUUUGUGAAGCUGCUUUGUACUCCCCAUUUUGUGAACUGAUUGCUAUGGGAUAACCUGAUCAGAUCAACUUUACACAAGAAGUUACUGGUAUUCCCAUUGUAAGCCUGAAAUCACUCUCACAUAAUCUGUGUAUUAUGUACACUGUCAGGUCUGCAGAAGCAAUCUCGUUAUCUCUGAACCUGAAGUCACUCUGAGAUAAGGUGUGUAUUACGUACAGUGGCAGUUCUGCAGAAGGAAUCUCGAUAUUUCUGCUGAGCGUCUGAGCGACACAGUUUGUCUGUUUGAAACCAUAGUGGAGGAGAACAAAAUAAAUUACCUUUGGCAUGAUGUUGUGUAGCCCUUGGACUACAUCCAAUGGAAAUCUGUUAGUCAUCAGCCUGAUGGACUUCAGCCAACAAGAAUGAGAUGCGUCCUCUGAACUGAUAAGAGUUGUUUCAAAUGUUUCAAAUCAUGCUUGUUUCAAAACAAGUAAAGAGUUUCAAAUGCAAAGGUGUGAUAACUCCUGAGACUAACUAUCACAAGGAAGAACCCCCAAGGAAGGGGCUGGAGGAGAAAUGAUCGAUCAUUUGGAUACAAUGGGAUCCCCUGUUGCAAUGUUGUGAAUUUGAGAAGUGGUCAGGGUGUGUAUUAGUACAGAGGGAGCAGUGGAAUUCAUGUUUUAAGUUGUUAGCCUGGGGUCAACGUAGUUAUUUUGUUGUUUGUGUAGGAAAAAUAAAAUGCGAGCUGUGAUUAA